UGUACUAUGUCCGCAGUCUCUGGUCAUCUCCUGUACUGUGUCCGCAGUCUCUGGUCAUCUCCUGUACUGUGUCCCGCAGUCUCUGGUCAUCUCCUUAACUGUGUCCGCAGUCUCUGGUCAUCUCCUGUACUGUGUCCGCAGUCUCUGGUCAUCUCCUGUACUGUGUCCGCAAGUCCAUUGGUUCAGAAUUUUUUUUUUCCUGUUUUUUCGCCUCUAAAACCUAGGUGCGUCUUAUGGUCAGUGCGUCUUAUGGAGUGAAAAAUACGGUAUCAAUUUGGGCUAUAAUGGAUUGGUGCUCAGGAUCGCUUGA